AAGAAGAUGUAUAACUUAUUUUCUCUAUGAGCAGUUGAAGAUUUUGAAUACUACUACUUCUCUCUACCUUCCAAAGUCAUAAUCCAAUUUCCAAUUUUUUCAUUAUCUCUCUUCCUACCUAAUUCAUCACAUUUUCUCACCAACAAAACCUUCCUCAAAUAUCUACAUAUAUAUAUAUAUAAGUAUAAGUAUAUAUGAGAAUAUUGUAGAUUACUCUAUACAUUCUACAAAACCAAUUCUGAAAGAUAUUUGAAGUUUUUUUAUUACACUUGAAGAAAUUAAUUAUCAAGCAAAAAUGAAAAUCAAAUGGAAAUCAAUUUUCCCAGCAAGUUGUUUCAAAGGAGAGUAUCCAUCACCAAAGCCAAAAAAAGUGGUGUCAACAAAACCAAGAAGCUCUUCAACAUCAACUCAUAGGAUUUCAAUAGAAGAAAUGAGUUAUCCAAACACAACCCAAGAGGAUUUGUCUAUUUCUUUAGUAGGGUCUAAUCUUCAUGUAUUUACAGUUGCUGAGCUUAAGGUUAUAACACAACACUUUUCUUCUAGUAAUUUUAUUGGAGAAGGUGGGUUUGGACCUGUUCAUAAAGGGUUUAUUGAAGAUAGGGUUAGGCCUGGUUUGAAGGCUCAACCUGUUGCUGUUAAGCUCUUGGACUUGGAAAGUAAACAAGGUCACAAAGAAUGGUUGACUGAAGUUGUUGUUUUGGGACAAUUAAGGCAUCCACAUCUUGUGAAGCUAAUAGGAUAUUGUUGUGAAGAUGAACAUAGACUUUUGGUAUAUGAAUAUUUACCAAGAGGCAGCUUGGAAAAUCAAUUAUUUAGAAGAUUCUCAGCAUCACUACCAUGGUCAACAAGAAUGAAAAUUGCUGUUGGAGCUGCAAAAGGUUUAGCUUUUCUUCAUGAUGCUGAGCAACCAGUUAUUUAUAGAGAUUUCAAAGCUUCAAACAUCUUGUUAGACUCGGAUUAUAAUGCAAAACUCUCUGACUUUGGGUUGGCAAAAGAUGGUCCUGAAGGAGAUGACACCCACGUUUCAACAAGAGUUAUGGGCACUCAAGGCUAUGCUGCCCCAGAAUAUGUCAUGACAGGUCACUUGACGGCCAAGAGUGACGUGUACAGCUUUGGAGUAGUUUUGUUGGAAUUGCUAACAGGGAAAAAGUCAGUGGACAAAAAUCGUCCUCCAAGGGAACAAAACCUAGUAGAUUGGGCAAGACCAAUGUUAAUUGAUCCAAGAAAACUUAGUAAAUUAAUGGAUCCUAAACUUGAAGGACAAUACUCUGAAAUGGGUACUAAAAAAGCAGCUGCAUUGGCUUAUCAAUGUCUUAGCCAUAGACCCAAGAGUAGGCCAACAAUGAGCCAAGUGGUUAAGAUUUUGGAACCCUUACAAGAUUUUGAUGAUAUUCCAAUUGGACCUUUUGUUUACACAGUUCCAGUUGAUAAUAAUGGAGGGGUUAAAGAAAAAGAUCAAACAAAGGAAUGUGAAACACCUAAGGAGAGGAAAAGGGAAAAUGGUCACUAUCGUAGGAAUGGCCAUAGGCAUCAUCCACUUAAAUCACCGAGGUCGCCAAACCCUCAAUCGCAACCACAAUCACGGCCACAGUCACAGCCAUCUCCACGGCAACAGGCACAACCGUCACCACGGCAACAGUCACAAUCGUCACCACGGCCACGUCUGCAGGUUGACAAAUACCGAAAUGGUAGGGGAAGUUCAUCGAAUUCUCCUCCGCAAAACAUAGCUUAAUGGAAACCAAUAACAUUUUGUAUAUAUAUACAUAUAUUUUUCAAAAAAAAAAAAGUGUGUAGUUUUUUUUUUUGGGUGCAAAAAAUGCUUAGUUUUAUUUUAGUGUACAAACUACUAUAGCCUAAGUGUGAUGAGCUACAAAUUGCAAGAGUACACAAAUUAUACAAGGGAGAUCAAAGAAGAGUGGGCGUGCAAUUGUAAUGGAAGAUAUGCUUGAGUUAGUUUUAUUUUUUAUUCUUCAAUUAAAGGAGGGAAGUAAUUAUUUUAAGUUGUGUAGAUACAAAUAUAGAAUAAUACAUUUUGCUUCUUGGUGAA